AUGUCUACCUUCACAGCCUUGAACGGAGGCUCACCCAAGACAAAUGAACCACCCACCGACAGCUCAGAAAGGGCAUUCUCCUCAGAUGAACGAGUUCCAGCGUCAAGCAAAAAUUAUCGACACAAGUCACCAGAAACCCAGCCCAGUCGCAAUGACACCUGGAAAGGACAUACCACGGAUCGUCAACCCCUUCCGACAAUAAAGUAUCCGGAAGGCGAAGGCCCACACAAACGGAAGCGGUCGGGUUCUGCUGAGCUUAGACGCGACAGCAGAGCUCACGAGCGUACUCCAGAAGACACACCCAGUGCAUCUCACAAUGAGUCUCGGGAGGCGUACGGUACGCCCCAGCGAGAAAGCAGGCACUAUAGCGACGAUCAAAGAGAGAAGGAAACCUCAUGGAAAAGCCAGGAACAAUCACGAGAAGAGAGAAAUGGAUAUAAUUCACAACAAAAUUCGGCAACGUCACCACGGGGACAGACUGAGGAACAAAUUGGCGAUGCUCUCCGGAGAGCUACAAGUCAGGUGGAUCAUAGUGACUAUGGCAACACCAGCCCCGAUGCCGAAGACCGGCCCGGCGGCACGUACGGAAGCCCUUACGGCACCGAGCACAGAUCAGAUUCCAUUAUUCAACAUGACCCAAAAAAGCGCAAGAGAAACUUUAGCAAUCGAACCAAGACCGGUUGUCUGACAUGUCGCAAAAGAAAGAAGAAGUGCGAUGAGCAAAAGCCUGAAUGCAGCAAUUGCAUUCGGGGGGGAUUUCUUUGCGCGGGAUACCCACCACAGCGGGGAGCCGGAUGGCCAAAACAAGAUGCAAAAACACCUGCUGUACCUCUCGAGUCGAAGGACCCGUCUUAUGUUCCUCCUGGAGCGUACGGCAUGCCGCAGCAUGGCACGUAUGGGCCGCAGCCCGUCAAACGCGAACCACUACCCCAUUAUCGUGGCCAGAUCCUUCGCAUAGACACCCCACAAGGCCGACCUCUGGCCACGGAUGACGACCGGCCAACAGCAUCAACAAUAUCAACAAUGACAAGCGCGUCUGCCACAAGUCCAGAGAACAAAUUGUCCGCAAUUCCGUAUACUCCUGGAAAUGUUUUCCCUACACCAGUCAGCGCCAAUACGCAGCCUCCCCCCUUUGGAGAAAGGAUGCCCAAAGACUACCAAAGAGUACCACCUCUACAUGACCUCAACAGAGGCAAUGAGCCGGAGACGCCGCACCCAGGUAAUCACCUACCGCAAAUCAACAUCCUACAUCCAACCCGCACGAGUAGCCCGACACCACAUCCACAGUCUUCGUCAUCAAAUGCUCAAGUUGCUGCGCAGCUGGCUUUGUCUCACCCACAAUAUCCACAGCGGAGAACUCAGAAGGAAGAAAUGCUCUCUGGACGGCACUACUAUCCCUUUGAUAAAGAGUUGUGUCUAGAACGAGAACGCUGUGCAGCCGCAUGUUGGCGGUUUAACAAUCUGACUACACCACCGACAAAUGGUGUAUCGCCCGAUGAACGAGCGCGCCUCUUUUUAGAAAUACUGCAACCCCGAGAUCCCGUGCGUGUGUCUCCCACGGAAGCAUCUCCGGUCACAAAUGUAGGCCGUGUGGGUCGACAUGUCGCCGUUGAGACGCCAUUCACCUGCGACUAUGGCUACAACAUUUCGAUUGGCCACCACGUGGUAAUUGGUAGGAACUGUACUAUCAACGAUGUCUGCGAAGUCAAGAUAGGAGACAAUUGUGUGAUUGGGCCCAACGUCAGCAUUUUUACCGCUUCACUGCCCAUUGACCCUAAGAAACGUCUAGGCGGCCAGGGGCCUCAGUUUGGGCGUGGAAUCACCAUUGAGCAAGAUUGCUGGAUUGGUGGCGGCGCUAUCAUUCUACCCGGCCGAACCAUUGGAAAGGGAAGCACUGUCGGAGCUGGAUCUAUUGUUACAAAUGUUCGUUCGCAAGACCCCCAUCUCUUGUUUUGCUAG